GUCCAUCAUCGCUGCGUCCUUGAUUCUGUGGGGAUCCCACUUAGUCGAUUCUCUUCUACACGUCAGGCCAUGGAGGCGAUCUAUGACUGUAUCCUAGGUCACGAAAGCAUGGGAAAGAAGGAUAUCCUUCACCGGGACAUCAGCAUAAACAAUAUCAUGAUUAGUGCCUAUCCUGACAAGGAGAAGUGCAAAGGCUUUCUCAUUGACAUGGAGUAUGCCACCGUGGUCGGUGAACCUGGUAGU